AUUACAUUCUCACAUAUGGGCCUAACAGAUAUAUUAAGGUCCAAAAUAUGUAGCCCAACAGAACAGUAUCAUCGGCCCACAAAUCUGACACGUGCAUAUCAUGUGAUAAGUUCUGGGCCAUAUAACACCUGGAAGACAGAAGGAAAACUUUGGGAGCUCUCUCAGCAGUCAAUGGCUCCUCUGAAAAAGUCGAAGAAACCCAAACGCAAAGCUAAGGAUUCGACCCAAUGCAAACCGAAUCCAGGACCCAAAACCGCAGAGCCCAAAGCUGAAUUCGAUGACGACUGGUGGUAUACUUUCUGGCACAAGAACUCUGGGCCAACUAUUCCUCUUGAAGAAGAAGCAGCGUUCAAAUGCUUUUUCAGGGUAUCCAAAAAUACCUUUGAGUACAUUUGCUCCCUAGUGAGGGAGGACCUAGUAUCAAGGCCUCCUUCAGGUCUCAUAAACAUCGAAGGAAGACUUCUGAGCGUCGAGAAACAAGUUGCCAUUGCCAUGAGAAGAUUAGCAUCUGGUGAGUCGCAGGUGUCUGUUGGAGGAGCUUUUGGCGUUGGGCAAUCCACAGUAUCUCAAGUGACUUGGAGAUUUGUUGAAUCAAUGGAAGAUCGAGCAAGACACCACAUGAAGUGGCCUGAGCCUGAAAGAUUGGAGGAAAUCAAAGCCAGCCUCGAAGCAACAUUUGGCCUACCUAACUGCUGUGGUGCUAUUGAUGCAACACAUAUCAUAAUGACACUUCCUGCAGUUGAAUCAUCAGAUGAUUGGUGUGAUCAAGAGAGAAACUACAGUAUGUUCCUUCAAGGGAUAGUUGAUCACGAGAUGAGGUUUCUUGAUAUAGUGACUGGUUGGCCUGGGAGCAUGACUUAUGCCCGCUUAUUGAAAUUCUCGGGAUUCUACAAGCUCUGUGAGAGUGGGAAACGGUUGAAUAGACUUGUCAAGAUGACUGAAGAAAGAGAGGAGAUCAGAGAAUUCAUUGUGGGGGAUUCUUCUUAUCCUCUUCUUCCUUGGCUUAUGACUCCCUAUGAGGGUAAAAGUCUUUCAGAAUCCAUGGUGAGCUUCAAUUUGAAGCAUAAAGAAGUAAGGUUGCUUGCUUUGAAGGCACUUUUGCAACUAAAGGGUGCUUGGAGGAUAUUGCACAAAGUAAUGUGGAGACCUGAUAAGCACAAGUUACCGAGUAUUAUCCUCGUUUGUUGCCUCCUUCACAAUAUUAUUAUCGAUAAUGGAGACAAAUUGAACCAUGAUGUUGCCCUCACAAAUCACCAUGAUGCUGGUUACAAGGAGCAAAUGUGUCAGCAAGUUGAUUCUUCUGGCCAAGCCAUGAGAGAGAACCUUUGUAGGCAUUUGCAAUAUUGUGAGGCCUCUCUCGUAUGAGCUGAAAUGUAUCUGUUUGUGCUCAACAUUAUUGGAUCAAACUUGGUGCAGUUAAUUGAUUUAGUUAAUUUA